UGGUGAAGUAGAAACCUCUUCCUUCCGUGUUAGUGAACGAUUAUCUUCCUGUCAAAUCAGAAAGUCGUAAAACAUCGUUCAUUCUGUCCAAAAUGGAUAGAAGGGGAAGUCAGGAUUAUGUUGAUACACCGUCAGCACGAUCGAAAACACAGAGCUCCGACUCAAUAUCCACAUCUGAACGUUCUGUCUCCAUGCCUAACGAAUCUCCCAGUAGCAGUUCUAAGGAGAGUGCAGGGUCUCCGUCCAAAUCACUAUGUUCCUCGACAUCUACAUCUUCAGAGAAUGUCCCAACUGCACAGGAGAUGAAGGUUUUCAAAGACACCACCAAGUUUGGUCAAAGUGAUGAACCUCCAUUGUUGGAAGGAGAGAAAAUCCAUGGGAGAGGCUAUGAUGUGACCUAUCUAUGUCCAUACAGUGGGCCAGCGAGAGGCACACUGACUGUCACCAACUAUAAACUCUACUUUAAGAGUUCAGAAAGAGAGCCUCCCCUUAUCCUUGACGUACCACUGUGUGUCAUUAGUCGUGUGGAGAAAAUAGGUGGCGUCUCCAGCAGGGGAGAGAAUUCUUAUGGCAUUGAUAUUCUAUGUAAGGAUGUAAGGAAUCUUCGUUUCGCCCACAAACAAGAAAACCACUCCAGACGUCAGGUGUUCGAGAAAAUCCAGCAGUAUGCUUUCCCUGUCACAAACAAACUGCCAUUCUUUGCCUUUGACUUCAAAGAGGACUAUGGAAUUGAUGGAUGGAGAGUCUAUGAUGCUACAAUGGAGUUGAAACGACAGGGUUUGCCGACAGAGAGUUGGAAGAUUAUGAGGCUGAAUGAAACGUUUGAGCUCUGUGAUUCUUACCCUGCCACUAUUGCCAUGCCCACAGCUGCUAAUGAUGAAGAUAUUCGAGCUGUAGCUAAUUUCCGUACCCGAGGGAGAAUGCCUAUUCUCGCAUGGAUACACCCUGAGAGCCAGGCCACCAUCACCCGCUCCAGUCAGCCCAUGGUGGGUGUGGCUGGCAAGAGGAACAAGGAGGACGAGAGGUACAUCCAGAUGAUCAUGGACGCCAACGCCCAGUCACAUAAACUCUUCAUCAUGGAUGCCCGGCCCAGUGUCAAUGCUGUAGCUAACAAGGCCAAGGGAGGGGGCUACGAGAAUGAAGACGCGUAUCAGAAUGCAGAGCUGAGCUUCCUGGACAUCCACAACAUCCAUGUGAUGAGGGAGAGCUUGCGGAAGUUGAAGGAGGUGUGUUUCCCCACCAUAGAUGAGGCUCACUGGCUGUCUAGUAUAGAGUCAACACACUGGCUAGAGCAUAUUAAGCAAAUUCUGGCGGGUGCAGUCCGGAUCGCUGAUAAAGUGGAGAGCAAUAAAACGUCAGUGCUGGUGCACUGUAGUGAUGGCUGGGACCGUACUGCACAGCUGACGGGGUUGUCGAUGUUGAUGCUGGACCCCUACUACCGCACAGUGCUUGGCUUCGAAGUGCUCAUUGAGAAGGAGUGGAUCAGUGCAGGACACAAGUUUGCCCAGAGAGUUGGCCAUGGGGAAGACAAGCACUCGGGCGCUGACCGGUCACCUGUAUUCCUGCAGUUCAUCGACUGUGUCUGGCAGAUGACACAACAGUUCCCCAAUGCAUUUGAGUUCAAUGAGCACUUCCUGAUCACGAUCAUGGACCAUCUGUACAGCUGUCUGUUUGGUACCUUCCUGUACAACUGUGAACAACAGCGCCAGAAGGAGGGUGUGAAGGAGAACACUGUGUCACUGUGGUCCUUCAUCAACUGCCAACUGGAAGAGUUCACUAACCCGUUGUACGCCGCCUACCUCCAUCAACACGUGCUGUUCCCCGUCGCCAGUCUUCGACGCAUUCAGCUGUGGACAGGGUACUACUGCCGCUGGAACCCACGGAUGAGGCCACAGGAACCACUUCACCUCCGUAACCGAGAGCUGCUGGUUCUGAAGACCCAGCUUCAGAAGAAGAUAGAGGAACUGCAGAAAGAACUAGAGAACAAAAAUGCUCGAGCAACUCUCCAGCCCUCCCCUGCCCGAGUGUCCUCCCCUGUGACAGUCUAGGGUCAGUUGUAGAGGAAGUCAUAAGGACACUUGUCACUGUACCAUGGCGACAUGGAGAAGACAGACUGAUGUCAAGCAAGGGACUAGUACAAGCGGGAUAGACAAGGGUUAUUUUAGUGGGUCACUGUCUUAAGGAGUUAUUUGGAAUGAGCCUAUGCAGAACACAGUGGUGUCAUUUUUUUACUUUGAGGUUGAGCUGGUUGUGCAGGAAAUACAUCUUUAGGAGACUCUGGUAAUGAGUUUGUGAGGAACAAAGAGAUGUCCUUUGUCAUUUUUCAGAGAAGUCAUGAGGGUGAACUUGAUUUAGAUAAAAGCAUAAGUUGUAUUUUUGUAGUUCUGACAUCUUCAUGAGACACUUUGAUGCAGCAAGGUUCAUCAUUAGACAACUGAGUUCUCAUAUACCAGACGAGUACAGGGAAUGCCUGUAGUUCAAGACCAAAAUCAGGCUGGUCCUGAACCACAGUGUUUGAAGGGAACAUUGAAGGAAUUUUGGAUGACUUUAGUCUGUUGACUACAAAAUAUAAUAUGUGAGCAAUGUAUGGUCUGUACAGACUGUAGAGUUACAAUACAGAUGAAUGUUAUGAGCUCCAAAACCUUGUCAGCAUAUCGGCCAUAUGUUCCAACAGUAUUCAUAUUUGACAUAAAUCACAAUGUCUUCACGAUUUGUUGUCUCAACAAGUGGAUGAUGUACAUGAAGACAAACAUUGAUCAAACUGUAAAUAUUUAAUGUGUCUUUUAGAACCUGGUAAUCAUGUAUAGCCUUUUCUUUUCCUAGUGGUUAAAAGCCCAGUCACCUGCUGUGAGAGUUGUGUCCCUUUCCAAGGAUUACGAUCCUGGGCCUGCUACAUCACUUUGCCCUUCCUGUAAGCUGGCAUUAAUGAUAUAUAAAUUAUAUACUGUUGAAGGUCAGUCAGCCCUCUUACUCACCUCCCUAAGGACCUCCUCUGUGGAUAGGGUAUUUGCCCAGAGAGCUGAAAGUUGCCCAGUUGGCAUACCAACUGACAUUCAAAGACGGUACUUGUUGUUACCCUGCCUGGUGCUUGGCAUUAAAAGGAUAAAAAAAAAGACUGGUCGACUGGUCAGUAUACCGUGUCAGAGUGGGGUGUAGUAUGGUAUCCCAGGGGGCUGGGAUUAAGAAACUCUGUACAUGUACAGACACAAAUAUGUGAAUGUGUGAUGUUACGGAAGUGCAAUAAUCUCUAACACAACAUUCAAUGCCACGUUUGACCUCACUGCACCGCUUCCCUUAUGUAAAAAUAUGCUUUUAUCAUCCAAAAUUGUGUUCCACAGGAGAUGUUGCUUGUGUGAGAUCAAACAAUAUCGUUUUGACAGUAGAUAUUGUACAAUGCCUUGACGUCAUCAAUUACAUGACUCACAAUGCUAUGACGUGAAAAACUUGAUAUCACAAUGCUAUGACAGUGCUGCACUGCAAGUUUAAUGGCAGUACCUUGUUCAGAGAUAUACAUUUUUCAUUGAAAACUAAUGAAGAGUGAUUCUUGAUGAUAAAUAGAAUCUCACCCUCGUGUCUUCGGCAAGCCUUGGAUAUUUGUAACUUUAUCAACUCAUAGUGAUAUAUUUGAUGUCAAAAGAUACUCGGGUGAGAUUUCCAUGUAGUCCAAAUUUGAUGAUAUUCGGGCGAGAUUUCCAUGUAGUCCAAAUUUGAUGAUAUAUCUGUUACCUGUAAUGCAGCCUUGUAUCAAUUGCAAAUCAGUCUUUCCUCAUGUUGUUGGGCAGUGGGAUAGCCUAGUGGUUAAAGUGUUCGCAUGUUAGCCAAAGACCCGGUUAUUAUUACUCACAUGGGUACAAUAUGUGAAGCCCAUAUCUGGUGUCCCAUGCCGUGAUGUUGCUGGAACAUUGCCAAAAGUACU